CCGAUGCCCAUCUUGUCUGUCUCCAUCCAGGCAUCGAUCCUUCACACCUCCACCUUCUCCUCGUCGAUCCUGUCUGCCUUCUGCGCUCCAUUGACGCCCUUGGGUGAGGUGCCCCUGGGUGAGUUGCCCCAGCUGUGCUUUGGGCUAUUGCCCCGAGAGCUGCUGAACGACAAGACGCGGUCGGGGAUCUCACACACAUCCAGAGUCUUUUUGCUGGGCUUGGGCUUGUUCGCUGUGAGGCGCUUGGUGGCGGUGGUGUUGGAGAUGAUCUUGGGGCUGCCGAAGGGCGAUCCGGAUGGCGAACUCGUGCCGUACGCGACCUCCCCGAACUCCGCCUGAUCGAGUUCACACUCGGGGCCGCCGUGAAUGACAGUCACGGGGAAGAUCCUGCAGCACACAGAGGGAGGGGAAGAACAGGAAUGUGCGUGUGUGUACGAAUGAUGUCAGUGCGUUCUGCCCACAUGUCAAUGAUCCACAGGCCCCCGUAUGUGAAAACAAAGGAGUGGAAGGAUGCGAAGAGCACCGCCACGAUCUGCUUGCCGAAUAGAGCCCCUCCUCCGCCGUAGAAUGCGCCGUCCGCACCGCUGGGGUUCACCUUGGCCGUGGCAAAAAGGCCCAGCAAGAUGGACCCCAGCACGCCGCCAACACCAUGGACGCCGAACACAUCCUGAGAAUGAGAUGCAACCAAGAAGGCACUCAAACGGUUUAUCUCUCUCUCCCCCACUCUCUCUCUGCGUGUGUGUGUGUGUGUGUGUGGCCCACCAGAGCGUCGUCGAAAUCCCAUCGGUUCUUGAGCCACACCGCCAGCCAGCAGACGGCACCGGCAAGACACCCAAUCACAAUGGCUGCAUACGCUUCCACGAAGCCAGCAGCAGGGGUAAUGGUGGCCAGGCCGGCAAUUGCGCCAGUCUGGUGUGGGCACACGACAUUUUGAUAUCGCGGUGUGUGUUUAUAUCUGUGCUCGCUCACCAGAAAUCCCGUCAGCUUGGGCCUGCCGUCGAUGGUCCAGUCCAGCAGCAUCCACACGAGCGCAGCUAUGCUCGCGCUGAUCUCCGUGUUGACAAACGCGAGAGCGCACACCGAGUAAUCGAUGCCGUCGAUCUCCGUGGCCACACUGAGGGCAGAGCCGGCAUUGAAACCGAACCAGCCGAACCACAGGAGGGCUGUGCCGAUGGCCAUGAGGGGAAUGCUGUGGGGGGUGGCCUCGGGGUUGGGUCGCGACCCGACAUACAUGACAGACGCUACAGCAGCCAUACCAGCAGUCGCGUGCACAACAAUGCCACCUGCACACACAACACAAGCAACCCAACACACACGUGCGGCCGGCCCUUCUGUGCGCGUCAACACAAAAAUGUCAAUGCAUACCAGCCUGCACCAGUUCACACAACGCCAGAGAGAAAGAGAGAAUGUAUGUGGGCGGCCACAUCGCAUCGCAUGGCAUCUGUGUGUGUUGUGUUGUAGGCUCACGAAGUCCAGGACGCCCCAUGCGCUAAGGAAGCCUCCACCCCACACCCAGUGAACCCACGGCACGUACACUGCAUACACCAGUUCACACGAUUCGAUUCAUGUGUAAAGUAGACAUACGUACGUAUUGGAUUGGCGUGGCGUGUUCUGUCUGUGUUGAGGCCAGGCCCACCUACUUACCCAGGAGUAGCCAGUAGGGCAGGAACAUGCAGUACGCAUGGAACCUCACGCGAUCCGCCCACGCCCUGCAUUGCAAUGCAUGUUUGUAUUAACUAACCAUGUGCAAACCGACCGGCUCACUUAUCAUGUCGCUGGCUGCCAUGACCUACCCGGUGAUCAGAGCAGGCGUGAUGAUGGCAAACAUCAUCUAACGGCGGCAACAUACAAACACAGAGAGGAAGAGAGAGCGUGUGGGUGCGCUUGUGGCAUCCUUGCGUGCACUGCGUGCCUGAUAGACGAAGAAGACCAUCUCAGGGAUGGUGCCUGAGAUGCUCGUGUCGUCCACGCCGAUGAGCUGACCACAGAACCCACACACCACAAUGCGUUGACACACACAAAUGACGUCCUUGUGCACGUGCACAUGCCUGCCUUCUCUGCGUGCACUCACUUACAAAUGCCUUUUCGGCAUCCCCUAUGAUGCCCAGGUUGUUUUCCCCGCCUGAGAAGGCCUGAAAAGCACCAAACACAUACCAAACGUCCUCUCUCUCCCUCUCUCGCAAUUCCGGCCCCGCCCAUUCGCACCAUGCUGUAGCCGAUGACAUACCACACUACGUCCACGAUGGCCUGCAGCAAGCAACACAGACAGACAUACCGACCGGUGAGUGAGAUGUAUGUAGACCAUGCCGAUCGGUGCAGCCGCCUCCAACCCCCCCUCACCAUAGACACGAAGGACUGGAAAACAAUGAGCAAUGUGCUGUUGUGGUGAACGAGUCCACCUGUUAGCACACACAUGCAGCCAUGUGCCUGUCGACGACACUGUCUGUCGGCAAAUAGCAUACCAUAGAAGAAUGCCAGCCCUGGCGUCAUGAGGCACACCAGUGCUGCACUCAUGAGCAUCCUGCACACAUACACACACACACACACACACACACAAACACACGCGCACACACAUACACAUUCCGCAUUCGUGUGCAAAUGCGAGAUCUCUCGUACCAAGCGGUGUCGCCAGUGUCGAACGCCAUGAUUGUGCAGGAGGGUGAGAUCUGUCGAAUCAAUGAAUCAGUGUCGUAAACGGAUGCUGGAUGAUGAAAUGCUCGAGCUGUUUGUCUGCUGCGGCUAAGAAGGAUGGCGUAUCCU